AUGUCUUCGUGUCAAACUACUACUUUUGGAAGAGGUGGAUGUCGAAAGGUGGUUGGAAGAGCCGUCGUCUCCUCCAACACCGGCGAGGCCAAUCCACAUAGGCCAAUAGUGAAAUCAGAAGUAAUGGAGCCCAACUUAUCCACUCCACCGUCUCACACACCCCGCUUUCCGCCGGACCCGCUAACUCCAACAACUGGCGUGAUAUCGGCUACUGGCGCGAUAUGUGAGGGCGAGAUACACAGGCACUGCAACGGGACUACUGAAGUGCGGGUCGAGUUGUACGGAUCGGAGGGACUCUUCUACGACUCGGAGAAGUAUGGUCCUGGCAUAGAAACCUUGCUUAGUCCAGCCAAAGAGAGUUGUAAUGGCUCCCUCUCGUCGAUGAAACAGGAAGAAACGGAUCAUGUGGACGAUGAUUUCUAUAGAUGGUAUUGA